GUGAGUCAGAGCGCAUGCGCAGUGCUUACGCUCUGGAUGCUGCUCAAUAUAGAAAAGCAAGCUGCCUGUUCGCCAAAGUAACGAUUUAAAGGAGAAGAAAUGUCUCGAAAUAGUGCAUCAGAUAUGCAAGAUGAAAUAAGGAUUGCCAGCCGAAUGACAAAAUGUGCGGACGCCGAUGCUUCUCCGCGCUCCGAUCGUUUCAUCUUCGGUCCAAAAUGCCACUUGCUUAACUGACAUACGAGGAUAGAGACAUAAACAGUCAUUGGUAAAGGAAUAUAAAGCAAAUCUACAAAUAUGAACGUUACGUUGCUUAAAAAGCGAAGGCUGGACUGUGUGUAUGCGGUGCUGUUUUGGCUCCAUCACGGUGUGUGGAUGUGCUGUUCCGCGGCCGAAGAGUAUCAUUUUAGCGUUGAGGCGUGGUUACAGAGGUAUGGCUACCUCCACCAUACACAACCUAACAUGGCCGUCCUGCGAUCAGCGCAAACCAUGCAUUCUGCUAUUGCUGCCAUGCAGCACAAGUACGGACUAAACAUCACAGGGACCCUAAACAAGGAUACUGUAGACUGGAUGAAGAAACCCAGAUGUGGGGUGCCAGACCAGCUUGAGGGCGUAUCUGGAUCCCGCAGGAAGAAGCGUUAUGCACUAACUGGACAGAAGUGGCAACGCACACACAUCACAUACAGCAUUAAAAAUGUGACUCCCAAAGUGGGAGCACGAGAAACACAUGAGGCCAUUCGCCGGGCGUUCGACGUAUGGCAAGGCGUCACGCCGCUACGCUUUGAGGCUGUGCCCUACAGCGCUCUGGAGAGCGGCAAACGCGAUGUCGACAUCACCAUCAUCUUUGCCUCUGGUUUCCAUGGUGACAGCUCUCCUUUUGAUGGAGAAGGAGGCUUCCUGGCACAUGCUUAUUUCCCAGGGCCGGGCAUAGGGGGCGACACACACUUUGACUCAGAUGAACCCUGGACGCUGGGCAACCCAAACCAUGAUGGUGAGAGAACGGCAGGUAAUGACCUGUUCCUUGUGGCGGUCCAUGAGCUUGGUCAUGCUUUGGGAUUGGAACAUUCGAAUGAUCCUACGGCUAUAAUGGCUCCAUUCUAUCAGUAUAUGGACACUGAGAGCUUCAAACUGCCUCAUGAUGAUCUCCAGGGCAUCCAGAAAAUAUAUGGUCCUCCAGACAAAAACCCUCAGCCAACACGAUUGCUCACGACCGCUACGCCUCCUCGCCUGCACCCACCGACUGACCCUCGAAAGCAGGACCGCCAGGGUCGCCCUCAUCGCCCUCCGCAGAAGUCCAAACCCGCCCACCCCAACUCCAAACCCAACAUCUGCGACGGAGGAUUCAACACUCUGGCAAUCCUACGACAGGAGCUGUUUGUCUUCAAGGAUCAGUGGUUCUGGAGGGUGCGAGAUAAUUCUGUGGUGCCUGGAUACCCAAUGCAAAUAAGCUACUUCUGGAGAGGUCUGCCUCCCAAGAUCGAUGCUGUCUACGAAAACAGCGAGGGGAGAUUUGUCUUCUUCAAAGGCAACCGGUUCUGGGUGUUUAAGGAUACAACUCUGCAGCCCACAUAUCCUCAGAACAUUUCUCUUUUUGGCAAUGGAAUGCCUACGCAGAGCAUUGAAACCGCUGUUUGGUGGGAAGAUGUGGCCAAAACCUACUUCUUCAAAGGAGAUAGGUAUUGGAGGUACAAUGAGGACAUGAGGACCAUGGACCCUGGAUAUCCAAAACCUAUUACUGUGUGGAAAGGCAUCCCAGACUCUCCACAGGGAGCCUUUGUGGACAAAGCCAAUGGAUUCACAUACUUCUACAAGGGGAAGGAGUAUUGGAAGUUCAACAACCAGCGGCUGAGAGUGGAGCAAGGCUACCCUAGGUCUAUCCUGCGGGAUUUUAUGGGCUGCGACGGUUACACAACCGACCCCGACUGGGACUGGAGCUCCCCACAGGAAGAGGAACCGCCGCAGUAUGACCACGAUGAUGACGUUGACAUCGUGCUGAAGCUGGAGAGCAGUGGUGGAGCAGAGAAAGCGGUGGCCAUUGCCAUCCCAUGUGUCCUGGCUCUGUGCAUGAUGGUGUUGCUUUACACCGUGUUCCGCUUCAAGAGGAAGGACACGCAGCGCCACAUACUGUACUGCAAGAGAUCCAUGCAGGAGUGGGUCUGAGAAAUUGAGGUCCCACUCCCACUGAAAAAACUAUUUCCGUCUUAAAAAUCCCCUCAAAGGUCAAAGUAAUUGGCAGAAGUGAAGGACGGCAUAAAUGGACAGCAUGCCAACUUCCUUCUGGUCAGCCUUUGAAGGUGGCAAUGUGUUGUUUUUGUAUGGUUUUGGAACUCUGUGUGGCUUUGGGCGGCCAUUUUGGUUCCCAGAGUCCUGUGCCGGAGUGAACUCUUACUCUACAAACCAUAAUUAUCAACUUUUCAAUUGACUCAAGAAUUAUUUAUCUUCAGACUGCUGAUCUCGAUACUCCAUGUAACAUGCGAAAUCACCUGUCACUCCGAAAUACUUGCUUGUGUCGAAAAACUGAUACCCAAACCAAAUAUGCCCUUAGUGUCCAAAGAGGAUUGCUUCAUUCACAUGGGAUAUCCUGAGAUGACUGGAUUAUCCAUCAUUAUUUGAGUUCCAUUCAGCUGCGUUCAUCUGCAGAAUAUAUGGGAUCUGUUCGCUUGGAAAUCAGAAAGGGCCUUGACAUAAUAACAUUGGGGCUACAUGCAAUAUUUCGUCGAAUGCCUUAAUCACAUAUUGAGUUUAUUUUUCUGUAUGUUGGUGUACAUGUGCCUGUGUGAAUGCGACCCCUUUCCAUUACUUCAUUUUUUCAUCACUGUUCUUUUGACGCUCUGCUGACCAAUGUGAACUUGCAGUACGAUUUAAAGGGCCGCUGACUGUUGAAAAGUUUAAAAACGAGUGUAUGGCUGCCGUCCAUGUUCUGUACUGCUGCAUUUUUUUCCACACUUCAAACCACAGCAUAGAAAAUUAGACUUUUGGGUAAGUGCUUCCAAUCAAAUCGUAGAGAAUUAAUUAAGUAAAAGGAUGGCGUUUAGCAGAAAUUCCUAAUGAACCUUCCUGAUGCUCUUAAGAAUCAAUAGAUUAUCAAUAAAAACCACUGAAAUGAGCUAUAUUUGCAUUUCCUGAAGAACAUACUUGUGCUUGCAAGGCAG